GUCUAAGAGGCUCAGUGUGAGCACAUGUGGGAAAUUCUGGACUGAGUAAGCCUAACUGAAGCCUCAGGAUUUUAAGUGUUAUGACACAACUUCCUGUCAAUGUUAUAGUCACAUCCUUCUGAAAUUACAGAUUAGAGACUGACUACAACCAGACUGUUCUACAAGUAGUCUGUGAUUAGGCAUUUAAGAUACUUCUUGAACACGAUUAUAUACAGUAACUGGGACUUGCACAAGAUGUUUAUCACACAGUUUGGAGUCUUCUGGAUUGUUCUGUUGUAUUGCUGUAAAAAGAGUGAAGCCAAACUUUCGCUCAAGAACCGAAUCACUGUGGCACUGGCAGGAAAAACAGUCACCAACCAGCUUGAAGUCACCAUCCCAGCUAACAGCAGCAACAGCAAUAUCACUUGUUACCAAAACAGUUACAAAGUACCGGUAUGGAGACAUCCGAUUGAUCAAAAGCCUUCUACUAGUGCAACAACUAUAAGCUUGUCACCAAAUAUCAGCAUGCAUACCAGCUCAUGCUCUGGAGAAUACUACUUCCAGUACAAGGAUGAGAGGCUGUAUUGGGUUGUCCUUGUACGAGAUGAGUAUUAUGUAGGUAUGCCCCAUAUGGAUAUGGUUUCCAUCCUUUUGCUGGUUGUCCUCACUGUUCUGCUGCUUCUCAACAUCACUGGAUCAGUUUAUAUCUUCAAGAUGUACAAGGUGAGCAUGCAGUAUAAGAAAAUAAUCAACAAUGGGAUGGUGUGA